AGCUUUCAUUGGCUGUUUCACACCAAGCAUGUUCUCGGUGGGAAUGUCCUCCGAAAACCAAGUCGUGGGGAUCCGAACAGGACUGUAACAUUCACUCGCGAAGUGUCAUUCCGUCUUAGUGACUCCGGUCAACUACACAAUUGCACAAUGUUCUUCUUUCGCAAUGAACACUUGGCAGUAUUAAUUUGUGCUUUGACGGAAAGUUUGGUUUUCGCGUCUUUGAAAAAUGAUACAAUAAAAAUCGGAACAUCGUCUACAAAUAUCGUUCCUUAUUUACCAAUGCGGUGGAAAGAAGAGAUCAAAUUGGCUGUACAAUCGUCCGAAUCUACCUGCGCGGUGGAAAUUCUUGCUGUAAUCCAGGCGGUCGAAUCCGGCCAGACAUGGGCCGUGCAAAUGCUAGAUGCCUCGUCAGGAUUUGUAAGAGGUAACAUUCUGGAUCUCGGAACGUACGAUGAAUGCAUCGAAGUCAAUGGACAAUCCGACAACGUCAGUAUUCGAGGGAAGCUCUGCAUGGUGUCGUUUAUGUCGACCUUUCGCACACUUACACCUGCAAUCAGCCGAGUUAAUGAUCGCAUUUUCUCAUCAGUUUGUUUUCCAUCCUCUUGCAAUGAGACGCAAGUUGAGCAGAUCAUGAAUGCCGCCCUCAGGAACAUACCGGUCCUAAGCGAUCUUGGAUUCAGCGUUACCGAAGCAUUGUGCGCACGAGAGGAAGUCGAAGGUUUCUCCGUUGGAACAUUAUCGACGAUAAUUUUCGUAGUGGCAGUUGGCGUAUUUUUGAUAUUCUGCACUGUCUGCGAUUUCGUGAGGAGACGUAGACCAGCAGAAGCAUCUUCUUUGAUGAUUAAAUUCUCGAAAUUCUCCCUCUAUACAAAUAUACUUGAAAUGUUCGUCACAAAAGAGCUACCGGCGAUCGAAGGUAUGAGAGUUUUGAGCAUGUGCUGGAUUGUCAUGCAUCAUCAGUCCUUCAUGUUUCUUCUGAUACCGACGGUCAAUCGGGCGGACGUGGAUAAAUGGUACAAUUCAUGGACAUCUCUUUACAUCGAGGCGGCGCCAUUCGCUGUCGACACUUUCUUUCUAGUGAGCGGAUUUUUAACGGCUUACUCGUUUUUCCUAGCAAGAAAAUCGGGAAAACCUAUUAAUUGGAGGAGGUUUUACCUUCAUCGCUAUCUCAGAUUAACCCCAUCUUUGGCUUUCGUCAUGUUGAUUUCCUCGUUUCUUGCACGUUGGAAUGAAAACGGUCUCAUCGGGGGCUCGUUUGUGGCUAGAAGCGUAGAGAAUUGCCAUGAAAAUUGGUGGGUCAAUUUGCUGUACCUUCAGAAUUUUGUGAAUAAAGAGAGGAUGUGCCUCAUACAUAGCUGGUACUUGGCAGCAGAAAUGCAACUGUUUUGGAUAUCUUCGAUUAUCAUGUAUUCGCUUCAUCGCUGGCCAAAAUACGGACUCCGUCUACUUGGCUGCUUCCUCGUAAUCUCUGUUGCUAUACCACCUGUCGUUUUAGCUACCAGCGGCUACUCUAAUAGACUUUCUGCUGUGCACUUUGAACAAGGGAAAAUUGUAUCGGAAAGUUUAUUUAACUUCUACAUACCUACUUACAAUAGAGGUUUUCCUUACUUUCUGGGAGUCCUUUUGGGUUACGAUGUCGCGAAUACGAAAAGGCAGCUGACAAAGGUGAACGCAGCGAUCAGUUGGAUCAUAGCUUGUGUUCUUAUGCUACUUUGCGUAGGGUCUACUCACUAUAUCUACAACACUGAUAUUGGGUACAACCUUGCAUUGGAAACUGUGUAUGCUCUUACGUUACGUCCGUUCUGGUCGAUUGCCGUUGUCUGGAUCGUUUACGCGUGUACUCAGGGUUACGGAGGACCCGUUACUGGUUUCUUGUCUUCGCCAUUUUUCCAGCCACUAAGUCGGAUCUCAUAUUCAAUUUAUUUGAUACACGUUGGGAUUCAAGUGAUGAGGCUGACGCAUGAAAGAACCCUUGCCUUUGUUGCCAACUCAACAAUCAUUGAAGCUUAUUUAACUAAUAUGGUGAUGUCAAUAGGGGUGGGGUUUUUCGUAUACCUAUGUUUCGAAGUCCCAGCUGCGGUGCUGGAAAAUAUUUUCACCAAUCGCGUAUUAGGAUCAAACCAAGCCAUACCAACGGAAGGGUUUGACAAGAAGACAAGGAUUUCAAAUGAGGCUGCAAAAGACAAGUGAUGUACUACAUUCUUCAGUUUUUACCGUUGUUAUACUACUAUCGAAUAUUAUUCAGAUAUUUGCUGCUGUUAAAAUAUUUCAAUCGAAUUUCAUUAUUCUUUACUCGUCUAUCGUUGUUUACGAACAAUAAAGAGAAUUACAAGAAAUUGCCCGUUUGCAACUUGGUUUGUCGAUUAUUUUUGUUAUUCAUCGAGCAUGCUCAAUGAGUUUCGUAUUAUUAAAAUGUGCGUAGGAAAAUUUUUAACAUAAAAUUUAUCAACAAUCUAACAGAAAUUACCAGAAGUACUCAUAUGUGUAAUGACUUAACGAAUAAAUGAAUAAAAAUACAAGAAAUAUCAGAAUUUUAUUAAAGAAAUGAUAAUUAUAAGGAAAAUCAUGAUAUUCUGAAUGUGGCCUAACUUUGUGCCUCGAUAAACAAAUCGGUUUUCGCCCUACGAAGAAACCUGCAAGACCUCUCUUUUGUCCCACAUUUCCUCCCGAAUAUAAUGCGUGUUACAAGAUUCGCCUGAGGAAAUGAGCUCUCAGACCGCAAACAGUAAAAUACUUGAAACACUGUGAAGGAUUGAUCUAAAGAGAUAGGCAUGGGAUUAAGAACAUAACGUCU